UUAAGGGGGGGCAACUGGGGCAAGUGCCCCGGGCGCCAAAUUCUAGGGGGCGGGAAAAUUUUUAUAGUUUACCACUACAUAUAAUUAAAAUCUUUCUAUUUAAUUUGAUAUAAUAUUAUUAUACAAAAUACAAAUAAAGAUUAUAAAUUAAAAAUAGACAUUUUACUUAUAACUCAUAAGGUCUAUGAUUAUAAACGGUUUUCAUACAGGUCUAUGAGCGGCACGGGAUUGUGACAAUCAUAGAUAUAAAUAUCAAUGAUUUAUUUAUAUAUUAUAAUAUAUAUCAUCUGUGGCGGAAAUAACAUGUUAUUAGCUAAUACGAGUUAAAAAUAACAUAAUAUCCACAUCAAAAUAUUAUUUUCCUUAUCGCCGACCGCCGAACGUUAUUUUUGUCAAUAUUAGCUAUAGUGACUCGCGUGUUUAAUUGUCUUCUGACAGCGUCUUGUGUAAUAAGUUAACCAUACGGUCAUUAGACGCUUAAUGUUAAUAUUUGAUUUAAUCUUUAUUGUUUAUUGUUUAUAAUUCGUUCUACUUUCAAAAUUAGUAUUCAGUAUUCCAGUAUACCUUCUAUAAAUUACUGGAAUUUGGUAAGUACAAUGUUAUAAAUUUAUAGUUUAUAUAUGGUUCUAUGCACUGUACUCGAUUGAGUAUUAUAAAUUAUAUUUAUAUUACUAUAUUCUGUAAUAGAUUAUACGCGGAUUUUCAAUAUGGAAGCUAAAAAAAAGCUUAGUGGUUCAGGAUAUAGAAAGCAAGCAAAAAUUAAAAAAUUAAAACACGAUGCAUUAAUUAAGAAUUGUAGAAAAUUAGAUAGUAUGUUCAAGCCAUCGAAUAAUUCAAAUACAGAUGAUAAACUGGAGAUGUUAAACCAAGGUACACAAAUACAAAUGAACCCAGAUUAUUCAAAUGUAAACAGUUCUGAACAGUACAAACCUACAAAAAGUAGUGGUUAUAUUGAGACAGAAAAUACAGAUGAUGAACUAGAUAUGUUAAACCAAGAUACACAAAUACAAAUGAACCCAGAUUAUUCAAAUAUAAACAGUUCUGAACAGCACAAUCCUAUGACAAGUAGUGGAAAUAUUGUGACAGAAUAUACAGAUGAUAAACUAGAGAUGUUAAAUCAAGAUACACAAAUACAAAUAUACCCAGAUUAUUCAAAUGUAAACAGUUCUGAACAACACAAACUUACAAAAAGUAGUGGUUAUAUUAAGACAGAAAAUAGUAUUUCUGAGAUAAAUACUGAUAUAUUGUCAUCUAAGAAUAAUGAAACUGCUGAUGUUUUGUUUGAGCCUACUGAUAUUCCUCGAUGUGAUCCUGCUUUAUGGAAAAUAAACGAGUUCACUAUAGAAUAUAUUUGUAUUAAUGGAUUUUCUCAAGAUUUAAAUGAUUUAAAUUUUACCAAGUCUAAACGAGCAUAUACAAAACUUCACAAAAAAACUACCAAAACCUACUAUAGAUUUUGCAAUAAAAACUAUUGGAAUACAAGACUACCUAAUGGUGAUUCAAUUAAACGUAAUUUCAUUGCAUACUCAGAAAGUAAGGGUGUAAUUUACUGUAUCCCAUGCUUGUUGUUUGGCAACAUAAAUUCAUCUUCAUUUGCUUCAAAAGGAUUUUCAAACUGGAAAAGAGCUGAAGAGCUCAUAUCACAACAUGAAAAUUCUUUAAAACAUCGUUCAAAUAUUCUAGCAAUGAAAAAUCGAGGACAAACACAUCAAAGAAUUGAUCAACAAAUAAUACAACAAAUUGAAAAUGAACGUAUGUAUUGGAUCAAUGUUUUAAAAAGAGUUGUGGCAAUUGUUAAAACAUUGGCAUCAAGAGGUUUAGCAUUCAGAGGACAUACUUCAAAAAUUGGAUGUCCACGUAAUGGAAAUUUUAUGAUGGCACUUGAGUUAUUAGCUGAAUUUGACCCUUUUAUAUCAAACCAUAUUUCCAAAAAUGGUAAUCCCGGUAAAGGUCAUACUUCAUAUUUAUCAUAUUAUAUUUAUGAGCAAUUUAUUUUAUUAAUGUCUAAAAAAGUAGAAAAUACUAUUAUUCAAGAUGUCAAUACUUCACGAUAUUUUUCAAUUAGUGUUGAUUCAACGCCAGAUAUUACCCACACUGAUCAACUUUCUUUAGUUGUACGAUUUGUUGAUGAGAGUGGUAAUGUAUUUGAGCGUUUUUUAUGUUUUAUGAAUAAUGUUGGACAUAAAUCAGAAGAUAUGGCUGAAGCAGUGAUAACAAUUCUGAAUAAGUACAAUUUGAAUCUUAACUAUUUAAGAGGGCAGUCAUAUGACAAUGCGAGUAACAUGUCUGGUAGUUACUCUGGAUUACAAGCUAGAAUAAAACUGAUAAAUCCAUUGGCCAAGUUUGUUCCCUGCUCGGCUCAUUCAUUAAAUUUAGUGGGACAAAAUGCUGCCAGCUGUUGUAAUGAAGCUAUUCAUUUUUUUAACUUUCUUCAAAACUUGUACACAUUCUUUUCAGCAUCAACUUACCGAUGGCAGAUUUUAAAUUCUUCAAUCAAGAGAUUAUCAGAUACAAGGUGGUCUGCAAGAGAUGAUGCAUGUUAUUCAUUAAAUAAAAAUUGGUCAUCUAUUGAAAAUGCUUUAAUUAAGAUUGGAGAAAAUGAAAAAGAAAAACCAGCUAUUCGAUGUGAAGCAAAUGGUAUACUCAAAAUACUUAAAUCAUUAGAAACAUUUUUCUUGUCAAUUUUUUGGGGAGACAUAUUACAUAGGUUUAAUACAGUUAGCAAAAAACUUCAAAGUGUAAAUAUUGAUUUAAGUGUUGUUGUUGAGCUUUAUCAAUCAUUAAUUAAUUAUGUUGGUGAUAUUCGUACAGAUAAAGAUUAUGAAAAUUUUAAAAGAAAUGCUAUUGAAAAAUGUGGAAUUAUGAACUUUAGAAAUACUGAAAAGCGACAAAAAAAAAUUAAAAAAUUUAGUGAUGACAGUUCAAUGGAAAGUAUUGUAACUAAUUUUAAAAUCAAUACCUAUUUUGUUAUUUUAGACCAAUUGAAGUCAGAAUUGUUGAGAAGAAAAAUUGCAUAUAACAACCUUUUAAAAAAUUAUUAUUUUUUUUUUAAAAUUACUAAAAUGACAGCUGCAGACAUAAGGGUAUCUGCUGAGCUGUUAAGAAAUGAAUAUAAUACAGAUUUGGGAACUUCAUUUCCUAAUGAAUGUAUUCAUUUUAGCAGCUAUUUGAAAACUAUUUCUAAUCCUCCUCAAAGUAUUCAAGAUAUGUUAGUGUUUAUAAGAAAAAAUAAUUUGAAGGAUAUUUUCCCUUAUAUAGAUAUUGCUUUAAGAAUGUUACUAUGCACUCCAGUUAGUAACUGCUCAACUGAGAGGUCAUUUUCAGCCUUAAAACGAAUAAAAUCAUAUUUAAGGUCAAACAUAGGCGAAGAAAGGCUCACUGCAUUAGCAAUCAUGAAUAUAGAAUCUGAUGUUACUACAGCAAUAAGCUACGACGAUAUUAUUCAAGAAUUUGCUCAAGACCAUGCACGACGAAAAGUAUAAGUACAUUUUUAAAUAUUGUUUGUUCUAGUAUAUUAAUAAUUAUUUUAAAUAUAUUUAUAUUUAUUAUCUACA